ACAUGGGUGUGGCUGUGUCAAAUUUUGUAGAAGCCUAUUGAAUGGUUUCAUAUCAGCGUUUUUAGAGACGAUAUCCCAAAUUACCUGUAAUAAUUGAUGGACAUGGAUUACACAGCAACCCAAAGUGGGUUCACACAGUGUAAGUUACUUGGUCAAAGGAUUGAUCCCAAAUUGAGGAUGAGGAACACGUCAAAGGACAGAACAGAUCCCAGCCAGCUGUUUGACGACACCAGCGCAGCGCCGGGGGUGGAGCCCGCUGGGUUCCCGGGCCAGGGUGUUGGGGCGAUGGGCUACCCCGGCCAGACCCUCCUCUCAGACCCCAUGUCCAACUUGGCCAUGGCGUAUGGAAGCAGCCUGGCCAGCCAGGGCAAAGACUUGGUAGACAAAAAUCUGGAUCGUUUCCUCCCCAUCUCCAAACUGAAGUAUUACUUUGCUGUGGACACAGUUUACGUGGGCAAGAAACUCGGACUGCUCGUCUUCCCCUACAUGCACCAGAACUGGGAAGUGCGCUACCAACAGGACACCCCAGUGGCUCCACGCUUUGAUAUCAACGCUCCUGACUUGUACAUUCCAGCAAUGGGUUUCAUCACAUACAUCCUGGUGUCUGGGUUAGCACUUGGAACACAGAACAGGUUUACCCCUGAGAUCCUGGGCAUGCAGGCCAGCUCGGCCCUGGUGUGGCUCAUCAUGGAGGUGCUGGCUGUCCUCCUCAGUCUCUACCUGGUCACAGUCAACACAGACCUCACCACCAUCGACCUUGUGGCCUUCUCCGGAUACAAAUAUGUGGGGAUGAUUGUAGGGGUCGUGGCAGGGUUACUAUUUGGUCGAACGGGUUAUUACCUAACGCUGCUGUGGUGCUGUAUAUCCAUCUUCAUCUUCAUGAUCCGCACAUUGAGACUAAAGCUCCUGUCUGAGGCAGCAGCCCAAGGCGUGUUGAUCCACGGGGCCAGGAACCAGCUGAGGAUGUACCUGACCAUGUCCAUCGCAGCCGCCCAGCCCAUAUUCAUGUACUGGUUGACCUAUCACCUGGUCGGGUAAGACCACGAGCUGACCAGGAGCGUUUCAUCUUACAAGACACUACCUCUCUAUGGAAAGAUGAGACUGUUCACUGACCAUCACCUCUCCCAACCAUUCGCUGCGGAGGUGCGGGACACUUGCACAGAUAAAUAAAAACACACAAAUGGCUUUGUGGAAUCAGCAUUGCCAAGUCUCACAGCACAACUGUAACAGUAGGAUUUUGACUUGUCUUUUUGUAUAUUUUUUUUAAUGUAAUUGUCUAAAAAGAAUAAUUGACUGGCUUGCCAUGUUUUGUAUACUGUAAUUUAGUCAAUUAUGUUUUCUAAGCAUUUGUGAACAUAUGGUUGUAUAUUAGCAAUCUAGCUUGGGCCCUCAAUCUCCAAAGCUUUGACUGAGCCAAGGAUAGAAGCACAGUUAAGGCAAAUGUAUAGCCUAUGUAAGUAUGCAACGCAAUGAGCUACGCAAAUUGGCUGUCCUGCAGGAUUGCAUUGCAGAAUUUGCAGCCUAAAAUUUGUAAGGUGUCACAACUACGCAGGGAAGCCAUUUUGACUGACUGCGUUCUUGCGUUACACACUUACGUUGACUGAAAGGCUUUAGCGUAAUUUGCCUGCACCGUCCAGUGAACACAAAAAAAGCACUCUAUCCUCAUUCAUAGGAUGUGAUGUAUUUAAACAGAUUUGUGGAUGUGUUUGUAAAUAGGAAGGAGAAAAAUGUUGUACAUGUCUGACGUCUUGGUGACACAAACUGAAGCCCAAAUAAAGGCUUUCUAUCAUGUAACAAAGCCAUUAAGAAAUCUUACAUUACAGCUGAUGCUUUUUUAAAUAAGCUUGACAAAAAAACAUGAGCAUAUGACACUGUAAUUGAUAUUCAUGUUCAAACUGGAAAAGGGAACAGGAAAAAAAUAUACAGAGGUUUAGAUGUUAUAAUUACUAACUUUCAUUUGAAAUGUAGGCUUGUUACUAGAAAUAUGCUAAAAUGGUGUUGCGUUGCCAUGCUUCAAUUGCUUUUAUGAAUAAUUGAUAUACAGAAACGUAAUAACAUGGAUCCUCUUAUGCUCUCUACAGCCUGAUAAAUAAAUUGAAACUGGGGUGCA